AUGAUGAUCACGAGGGAUGAUGUCGGGAAUUCUUCGUCGUUCAACAGGCACCAGCUACCCACGCCGCCUGUUACCAUCAUGGGUCAUGCCACCAGUGAUGGCAAAGCUCCUCUACUCAACAUCAACCAGCCACCCACGCCACCACAUACCAUCACGAGUUGUGAUGGCGUGAAUGCGGCAUCAACUGUCAACAUACACCAGCCACCUACGUCGUGCAAUAACGAUGACGACAAACUUGCUGGAUGGAUGUCCCCCCACUGGAGUGAGCCUCUUGGAGAGACAGAAAGAGGUACGGAGGUUCCAGUUUCCGUGCGCAAUCUGCCAACGCACAUGCUCAUGCCUGUUGCUGGUUCUGACUUCGCUUCCUUGUCAAUCCCACCGAUAUCAGCAAGUCCAGCUCCUGGUUGGGUGGAAGGAGCAACAGCAGCAGUGCAAGGUGUGCCGACAGCUGCUCACACUCCUGCUUCUUCUGUACCCACAUUUGCUGCUACAGCCGCUGGCGCUCCUGCCGCUCCUUCAUCCACAAUUGCUGCUUCAAACACUUUCACUUCUGCUGCUACUGCAUUCACAUUUGCUGCUACAGCCACUGGCGUUCCUGCUGCUCCUGCAUCCACCAUUGCCGCUACAGCAGGUUCGUGGCAUGACUUUCUUUCCUUCGAAAAGUUUUGCUCAGUUCGUGUGAGAGAGCAGCAGCAAGUGUUGCAGCAGCAGCAGGAGCAGCAGCAGGAGCAGCAGCAGCAGCAGCAGCAGCAGCAGUGGCAGGCAGAACAGCAGCAGCCGCAGUGGCAGACAGAACAGCAGCAGCAGCAGCAGCAGCAGCAGCAGCAGCAGCAGCAGCAGCAGCAGCAGCAGCAGCAGCAGUGGCGGAAAGAGCAGCAGCAUUAUAUCGACUGCUCUGGGAGUGCGCUGAAACUGGAGGAAGGGCAGAAUGUUGGUGAAAGGGGUAAGGCUGUGGAACCAGUGCAGCAGCAGCCAAGGCAGACGCAGAGGCAAUGGGCGCAGCAGCAGCAGCAGCAGCAGCAGCAGCAGCAGCAGCAGCAGCAGCAGCAGCAGCAGCAGCAGCAGCAGCAGCAGCAGCAGCAGCAGCAGCAGCAGCAGCAGCAGCAGCAGAAGAAGCAGAAGCAGCAGCAGCAGCAGCAGCAGCAGCAGCAGCAGCAGCAGCAGCAGCAGCAGCAGCAGCAGCAGCAGCAGCAGCAGCAGAGGGAAUGGGAGCAGCAGCCUGGCUUCCUGCCGUCCCCUGCAUCUUUCAAGUAUUUUGGGCGCAGAGCUGGGCAGGGCGGUGGUGAAGGGAGUGGUGCAGUGGUUUCUGUGCAGCAGCAGGAGCAGCAGCAGCAGCAGCAGCAGCAGCAGCCGAGGCAGAUGCAGAUGGGACAGGCCCAACAGCCUGGCUUCCUGACGUCUCCUGAAAUAUUCAUGCCGUUCGGGAAUCGAUCUGGGGAGAAAACGGGCAGGGAGGAUGGGUCACGGGAAAACAUCGCCAGGGAGGAUUGGUCACAGAACCAAUUGGGCAGGGGAAAUGACAUGGGCGUGCAGGGGAGCAGGGGAAAAGGGAUGGAGGGGCAUAUGGGCAAGGGAAACGGGGUUGGUGCAGCAGCCAGGUUUGGUACAGCAGCCAGGUUCGGUACAGCAGACAGGUUUGGUGCAGCAGACAGGUUUGGUGCAGCAGACAGGUUUGGUGCAGCAGACAGGUUUGGUGCAGCAGACAGGUUUGGUGCAGCAGCAAGGCUUGGUGCAGCAGCCAGGUUUGGUGCAGCAGUCAGGUUUGGUACAGCAGCCAGGUUUGGUGCAGCAGCCAGGUUUGGCAGAAGCAGUGCAGAGCCGAGCCUGCAGAUGGGCAGGCCUGGGAUCAUGGACACGUCAGCAGAACAUCCUCCAGUGCAUGUGCACCGCACAUUCAUGGGGCAAGGAUCAUCCCCAGCAGCGCACAUGGAUGGUCAAGUGCAUGAGCCAGGCGUUCUGAGGGGUGCAAUGGGAUGCGCGAGCACAAGCAGAGGGGAACGAGGGAGUGGAAGAGGCGGUGGGAUGGGGAGUAGGGCAGGGAGUGGAGGAGUGGGUAGGAACAGGGUUCAGGAGGCAAGUACGAGUGUGUGCGGGAGUGAUGGCGAGAGUGGGGGUGAGAGGGGGAGUGAGAGGGAGCGUGAGAGGGGGAUUGAGAGGGGGAGUGAGAGGGGGAGUGGGAGCAGAAGCCGAGGCUCCAUUGGCGGCAGUAGCAGCAGCAGCAGCAACAGCAGCAGCAGCAGCCCAGCACUUGUAUGCAGUGUUCUUGAAGGUGCAGAUGUCGCUGCCACAGGUGUUGCAGCUACAGCUGGUACGGGCACAACACAUCCUCCUACUUUGCCUCCUCCUGCUACAGGCGCUGCAGCUGCUACAGCCGCUGCAGCUGCUGCAGCUGCUGGUACAUGCAACAAAGGAGCCAGUGGGACACACUUCAUACUACAAGUUUGCAGUGGACUAUCAGCAGUAGCAGCUCAACAGCCACCAGCUGUAGCAGCUACCGAUCCAUCGGCUGUAGCAGGGGAAGAGUCACCAGCUGUCCCUGUCUGCAGAUCCCUCUCACUUGUAUUCUCAAGCCUCGUUGGCAGAAUCGCCUCCACAUCAACCUAG